AAACAAAUAAUGCCUGGUUUACAAAAAUCAUAAAAACGAAAACCUAAGUGCUGAGUUAAAAUUGUUUUCUUAAACAAACCCACUCUUACAUUUUCGCCAUACAUUCUCUUAUUUACGAUCUCGGAAAUAAACUUCAACUGGGCCCGGUAAACAUCUGCGAACCCUUCGAGUGAUUUUUCCUGAUUUAUGAAUCCUGCUGAUUUUUUGUUUGGCCAAAACAAACACCAAUGUGCAUAUGAGAGUGUCUGUGUGAGGCGGCAUUUGAUUUAUGAACGUGAGGAGCACAAGCGGCGCAUUUGACCGCAUUACAUUGAAAAUAGGUCAGUCAGUCAGUCAGUCAGUCAGUCAGUCAGUCAGUUAGUCAGUCAGUCAGUCAUUCCGCAAGUCAGUGACUACAAUUAAACACUGCAGGCCGAUGUUGGCACAGUUUUCUCACAGUUUUUUCUCCAGCUUUUUUUGUUCUUUUUUUCGUUUGUCCAGCUCAAAUUGAAAAGCAAGUAUUAAGGCUUCAAUUGCAGGAGUCGCAGCGCAAUUACCUUGUGAAAUACAUUCUUGUUGUUUAGCCUCAUUCUAAAUUUUAAAAGUUAACUUAUUUUAAACAUAACUUAAAAGACAUAACAUAAAGUAAUUAAAAGGUAUUUAAUUAUACCGAAAAGUUAACUUAUUUUAAACGUAACUUUAAAGACAUAACAUAAACAACAAAUUAACAGAGGCAAAUUCCCAAUUAAUUUCAACCCGCUUUCGAAAACGUUUCGAAAGUUCAACCAACUAUCAUUUUUUUGCUGUGUCAUAAACGCGAGUUUUGGAAAAGAAACACAAUAAUAUUAAGCACCGAAAACACUUGAAAAAUCCAACGAAAAUCCAACAAAUAUUUGAAUCCAGUCCGAAAUCCACAAAAACAAAAAAAAAACACCAGCAGUCGUAGCAGCAAAACCGGCGGCCUAUUCACAAUGUGGUCGAUGGCGCUAUGACCCUCCUGUCGAACAUCCUCGACUGUGGAGGCGGUAUCUCCGCCCAGUGCUUAACCCGCUCGCUGCGCGAGUCCAGCUCACCAGGAUCACCAGGAUCACCUGAAUCUGGGGCAUUUGAAUCCAAAUCGAUGCUGGAGCCGACAUCCUCGCACAUCCUGCCCACCGGACGAGUGCCAGUCCUGCACGACUUCAAUGCCUCGUCCACGGAUUCGCCGGGCACCUUCCUCCUCGACGGCGUGGUCAGUGUGGCCCAGAUGGCCCUGGAGCCCACUCUCACCGACCUCCUGCCCGAUCCGGAUCCGGAUCAGGUCCUCAGCAAUCUCAACGCCAGCGCACCCUGGAAUUUAACGCUCGCCUCGGCGGCGGCCACCAAUUUCGAGAACUGCUCGGCGCUUUUCGCCAACUACACCCUACCACAAACAGGUCUGUACUGCAAUUGGACCUGGGACACAUUGCUCUGCUGGCCACCAACUCCGGCCGGAGUCCUGGCACGAAUGAAUUGUCCUGCCGGCUUUCACGGCGUAGAUACGCGCAAAUUCGCCAUCCGAAAGUGCGAGCUGGAUGGAAGAUGGGGCAGCAGGCCGAAUGCCACGGAAGUGAGUCCGCCGGGAUGGACGGACUACGGGCCGUGCUACAAGCCGGAGAUUAUCCGCCUCAUGCAGCAGAUGGGCAGCAGGGACUUCGAUACCUUCAUAGACAUAGCCAAAAAGACUAGAACGCUGGAGAUCGUGGGCCUCUGUCUUUCCCUGUUCGCCCUGAUAGUCUCCCUGCUGAUCUUCUGCACUUUCCGCUCCCUGCGGAACAACCGCACCAAGAUCCACAAGAACCUAUUCGUCGCCAUGGUGCUGCAGGUGAUCAUCCGACUGACCCUGUAUCUGGAUCAGUACCGCCGGGGAAACAAGGAGGCGGCCACCAACACGAGUCUCUCGGUCAUUGAAAAUACGCCCUACUUGUGUGAGGCCUCGUAUGUGCUUUUGGAGUACGCCCGUACCGCCAUGUUUAUGUGGAUGUUCAUCGAGGGCCUAUAUCUGCACAAUAUGGUGACCGUGGCCGUUUUCCAGGGCAGUUUUCCCCUCAAGUUUUUCUCGCGCCUCGGCUGGUGUGUUCCCAUUCUGAUGACCACCGUUUGGGCGAGAUGCACGGUGAUGUAUAUGGACACUUCGCUGGGCGACUGCCUGUGGAACUACAAUCUCACACCUUACUAUUGGAUCCUCGAAGGACCUCGACUAGCGGUUAUACUGCUCAAUUUUUGUUUCCUGGUGAAUAUAAUCCGGGUGCUGGUGAUGAAAUUGCGCCAAUCGCAGGCCAGCGAUAUAGAACAGACUCGGAAGGCGGUUAGGGCCGCGAUAGUCCUACUACCACUUCUGGGUAUUACCAAUAUCCUGCACCAGAUGGCUCCUCUGAAAACGGCGACGAAUUUUGCGGUCUGGUCGUAUGGCACCCAUUUUCUCACCUCGUUCCAGGGAUUUUUCAUAGCACUCAUUUACUGCUUUUUAAAUGGCGAGGUACGGGCAGUGCUGCUCAAGAGUCUGGCCACUCAGCUGUCGGUGCGGGGUCAUCCGGAGUGGGCUCCUAAGAGGGCGUCCAUGUACUCGGGAGCCUACAACACGGCACCGGAUACGGAUGCAGUGCAGCCGGCGGGCGAUCCAUUGGCCACCGGAAAGCGAAUAUCACCGCCGAAUAAAAGGUUGAACGGGAGGAAGCCGAGCAGCGCCAGCAUUGUGAUGAUCCAUGAGCCCCAACAGCGCCAGCGUUUGAUUCCCCGGCUGCAAAACAAGGCCCGGGAAAAGGGCAGGGAUCGGGUGGAGAAGGCGGAUGCGGAGACGGAGCCGGAACCGGAUCCGGCCAUCACUCGCAUCCACAGCAAGGAAGCGGGGAGCACCGCAUCGCGGAACAGUCGCGGCUCCAAGUGGAUAAUGGGCAUCUGCUUCCGGGGUCAAAAGGACAAAUGUGUGAUGCCAGGUUCCCAAAAGACGCAGCAAAUAUUUAUGACGUCACAACUGGCGCCGACGUCAACGCUAGCAGCGGUAGCAACCACAAUAACCACAACAACAACAACCGCAGCAGCAAAAACAACAAUAGCAACAAUCGCUACAAUCGCAACGAUAACAAAAUCGAAGGCAAAAGCCAAAGCGAUUGCAAAAAGUCAUCAAAUGCCGAAAUCUUAAAGGAUCUCGAUCUCUAUUUCUUGCAAGCGCAACUGUACUAAAGUAAACUAAACUGAAAAGCUGAAAAAGUGUGCACGUUUUUUUGAAUGCAGCGGCUUCAAUUACACCGCGAUAAGUUUCGAUAAAAUAAAUAUCGAUCAAUACACAUAUAACCAAUAUUUUUUGUAUAUUUACCAACAAAAGGUUGGAUCACAUUUUUUUUUUGCAUAUAUGUACAUCCAUAUAUAUAAAGAAAAUGUGUAAUGAAUGUAUUGAUGAAUGUAAUUGUUAAUCUAUUUUUUUUUUUAAUCUGCUCAAUAUACAUAAAUGUAACGGUAUUUACAUAAAGCAUAGAGAAAACAUAUUUACAUACUUGGUAUUUACACUGUCGCAUGCAAAAGAUAAACCUGAUAGGAAGAUCGGAGCGUAGAUCGUAUAUUGAAUAUACACACAUAUAUUAAACAUGAACACGUAAAGAGAGUACAAAGCACUUGGAAUGGUAAAGAGGAACAAGAAAAUAAGUAAAUGGAAUUUGAACGUAUCAUUAUGUCACACAUCAUAUGAUCUCUAAUCAGUGCGAAUAUUGAAUAUUCACCCUAACUUUAAGCUUACUAUGCAUUUUUAAAUGUAAUAUAUUGUGUGUGAAACCGCGUCUGUUUUGAUUCAUUUUUUUGUUGCCGUUUCGCUUCACGCAAAUUUUUUAAAACUAAGAAUUCAAGCCGAAUUUAAGAGAUGGAACCUAAAAACCAGAACACCUAGUGGUCAAUGGCAAACUAUUACGUGUAUAAGGCUAAAUGGAAAAUGAAUAAACAUGAUUUUAUAUGCAUACAUACUAAACAUAA